AAAAUUGAGUUUUCUAUUAUUUCUUAAUUGAAACAAAACAGGUCAAACGCAAUAAAUUAAUAAAUUUGCCUGUUGCCGUCCAUUUUUUUCCAUACGGGAUCUAAAAAGGACGCUCUAUAUAUCCUAUAAAAUAAUAAAAAUAUAUACGCGAUCAAAAGAGAAGAGAAAUCGAGAAGCACUUGACACUCUGACGCGACUAAAUUCCACUAGCGUUUUCUAGAGUCUUCAGUACUAAACGUUUGCGUCCGGUAGGGCCCUGUGCGCAUGUCUAGAACCUAACCUUACUUCAGCGUGGAGAUGUUUGGCAGCGUCUAUAGAUUGUAGAUUUCUCGUUUUUCCAAUUCAUUUUAUUGUGUUAAAUAAUUUGAUCGAAAUAUUUGAAAAAUUGCACCGCAGGAUUUGGUGGCUCUUGUAAUAAAUUUGGUGGAGGCGCAUCAGGGAACACCCAUACCUGUGUAAACACUGUAAACAGCAGUUGAUUGCUCUCGCAAAACAUGGCACAUUACAAGGGAGCAGCCAGCGAGGCUGGCCGUGCGAUGCAGCUGAUGAAGAAGCGAGAGAUCGCGCAGCAAGAGAUAGAACUGCGAAAGAAGAAAAUCGAGGAUGAUCUGAAGAUUCAUAACAUAGAGAACAAGUUCGCGACUCAUUACAAUGCUGUCGAGCAGCAGUUGAAGACUUCCACGAUCGGCCUGGUCACGUUGAACGAGAUGAAGGCGAAGCAGGAAAACAUAGUGAAGGAACGCGAGAGGAAGCUCGCUCAGAAGGAACGAGAAAGGGAGCAGGAGAAGGAAAGGGCGCUGGCGGCGAAACAGGCGGAGAAGAACAAACAGAAGAGGCAGAUUCAAGCGUUGUCCUUCAAUUUGGACGAAGACGAGGACGAGGACCAGGCUGAGAUUUCCAGUGAAGAUGAUGCGGAAAAAUCGGCGCAAUCGAACGACGCGCAAUGUAAUAACGACCUCGCGAUCAAGAAGAUCAAAAAGAAUCCAGAUGUAGAUACAAGUUUCCUGCCGGAUAGGGAAAGGGAGGAGGAGGAGAACAAACUUAGGGAGGAAUUGAGGCAGGAGUGGGCCACAAAGCAAAAUGUGUUGAAGGAGGAAGAGAUUGAAAUUACAUUCAGUUAUUGGGACGGAUCUGGCCAUCGUCGGAAUGUUAUAAUGAAGAAGGGUAAUUCUAUCUAUCAGCUUCUUCAGAGAUGUCUGGAGGUCCUGAGGCGUGAAUUUAGUGAGCUCAAAACGGUGAUGGCAGAUCAGUUAAUGUAUGUCAAGGAGGAUCUUAUAUUACCGCAUCAUUACACAUUCUACGAUUUUAUCGUGACUAAGGCGCGAGGGAAGAGCGGGCCGUUGUUCACGUUUGACGUUCACGAUGACAUUCGAGUUAUGCACGAUGCUUCUGUCGAGACUGAGGAGUCACACGCUGGAAAAGUCUUGCUUAGAUCAUGGUACGAGAGGAACAAGCACAUUUUUCCGGCGAGUAGAUGGGAACCCUAUGACCCAACGAAAAGUUACGACAAGUAUACAGUGUCGGAUAAAAAUAGAAAGAAAGAUAAGAUCUGAUAAAUUUAAAUUCAAUGACUUGUUCAACUUCGUUUCAAGAAUUCGAAUUUAAGAGACAUUGUAAAAUAUAAUGCUGUCGAAUAGCUUUGCUUCAUCGUGCAAUUGAUUCACUACAAGACAGAUUGUAAUAUAAAUAUUGUAUAUUAUAUUGUAGCCAUAUGUAUUUUUUUAACUGUGAUUUUAAUUCGUUUAAUUAUACGAUAGUAAUAUUUAAUUCAUUUACUCGAUUAUAUUCAACUAGAUAAUUAAGAUACGAAAAGGAAGAUUUACGAAACUUUGGGAAAAAAAUAAAGAAAAUAUUAAUAUUUA